CGUACGCUUCAGUUCGAAACUCGACUGUCAACCAAGCGCACCUGCCGCUAUCGAUCGCGCAGCACUACAGUUUGAACAAAAAAAAAUAGAUACAUUAAAACAAUUGUCGAAAAAUAGACUGUAAGCGAUUAGCGUGAAAUAUUUCGCAUUACUUUGCGUUACGUAUAAAUUAGCAAUUAUUCGCCUUUGUUACUUAUUUUCGUCAUUUAAUCGACAAUUAUUACAAUUAAUUAACAAUACAAAAAAGCCGGUAAUAUUCUAGUUGAUUUUGUCUUUGCUUUUAUUUGCGUAACAUUCGUGCAUUGUCGAUUGGUGCUGCUUCUUUUGGAUACGCGUAGAAUAAUUUCGUAGAAAAAUUUAAAUAACAAAAAUAAAAGCAAAAGCAAUUAACGCAGCAUCACGGCGUGAAAUUUUGUAUUGCAACGAAAGAAAAAAACCAUUUCGAAUUGUGUAGAAAAGCUGUAUCGCUCACGAAAGGUGUGCAGUUGGCAGUUUAACGUUAGUGUCGGUGGCGUUAUUAUCACAUUAACUCAAACACAUUUUUUAACAUCUCACUCGCCGGUCAAAUUGUCCACAGUCGAAUAUCUAAUAGUGAAGCGUUUGAUUCGUAUGCAAAGCGGCUGCUCAACUGCGUAGCUAAGCGAUCGAGCAGUAUUUAGUUGCAUGGCGUCGGCAGUACAGAAAUCUCCUCCGGUAGACACCACAACACAAGUGCAAAUCUCCUACGAGCAGCGUGAGAAGAAAACCUUUCACGAAAAUACAGAAAUGACAUUCACAAGGGACAUCACCUCCGAGGAUAUUCCGAAAAUCAUCGGUAUCAGCGAUAUCACAGAUAGUAAACGCUUCUGGCGUGCACUGAUUGGCGAGUUCUUGGGCACGUUUUUCCUGGUCGCCAUCGGUGUUGGCAGUUGCACAGGCGAUGUUUCAUAUUCCCCAUCGGUGCCGCAGAUUGCCUUCUGUUUUGGCUUGGUGGUGGCCACAAUGGCGCUGGGCCUGGGUCAUAUCAGCGGUUGCCACAUCAAUCCCGCCGUCACAAUUGGCUUUCUCAUUGUUGGUGAAAUGAGCAUUUUGAAGAGUUUAUUCUACAUCAUCAUGCAACUGGUUGGUGCCAUAGCCGGCGCUGCGUUUAUAUACGCUUCUGUAAGCUCCGAAUUGGCUGGCACGAAUCUAGGCGUUUCUUCAGCCGAUGUUGGACUCGGUGCCGGGCAAGUGGUAAUGAUUGAGGCUUUGAUCACCUUCAUUUUGGUAUUCGUUGUGAAGGCAGUAUGCGAUCCUGGACGCACGGACAUCAAAGGCUCGGCGCCACUUGCUAUCGGACUCUCCAUAGCCGCUGGACACUUGUGUGCUGUCAAAUUGACUGGCUCCAGCAUGAAUCCAGCGCGUUCUUUUGGCCCGGCAGUCAUUCACAACGUAUGGACGGAUCAUUGGGCCUACUGGGUGGGACCCAUACUUGGUGGCAUCAUUGCGGCAAUCUUCUACAAGCUUUUCUUUAAGGUGCGCAAGGGCGAUGAUGAGGAUCAUUCGUAUGAUUUCUAAAGCAAAGAAAUUACAAAAUGAAUACAAAAACAAGAAAAACAACAAACAGAAAAC